GGCCGACUCGCCAGUCCCGACAGGAGCGGGUCCGAGGCGCAGCCCGAGCCCGCCAUGGAGCAACCCAGGAAGGCGGUGGUGGUGACGGGAUUUGGCCCUUUUGGAGAACACACCGUGAACGCCAGCUGGAUUGCAGUCCAGGAGCUGGAGAAGCUCGGCCUUGGUGACAGCGUGGACCUGCAUGUGUAUGAGAUUCCGGUCGAGUACCAGACGGUCCAGAGGCUCAUCCCUGCCCUGUGGGAGAAGCACAGCCCACAGCUCGUGGUGCAUGUGGGGGUGUCGGGCAUGGCGACCACAGUCACGCUGGAGAAGUGCGGGCAUAACAAGGGCUACAAGGGGCUGGACAACUGUCGCUUCUGCCCCGGCUCCCAGUGCUGCGUGGAGGACGGCCCGGAAAGCAUUGACUCCAUCAUCGACAUGGACGCUGUCUGUAAAAGGGUCACUACGCUGGGCUUGGACGUGUCGGUGACCAUCUCGCAAGAUGCCGGCAGGUACCUCUGUGACUUCACCUACUACACCUCGCUGUACCAGAGUCAUGGCCGCUCAGCCUUUGUUCACGUGCCUCCACUGGGCAAGCCCUACAACGCAGACCAGCUGGGCAGGGCGCUGCGGGCCAUCAUCGAGGAGAUGCUGGAUGUCCUGGAGCAGUCAGAUGGCAAAAUCAACUGUCGCCACAAACACUGAGAGCCUCUCGGGCCUCCCAAGACCUCAUCCCACUAGGGACCCCAGGAGGGACGUCCGCCCUCCGGGGGCCUGGCCAAGGAGGAUAAGCCUGUCAGCUGGGGAUCGGAUUUGGAUCAAUAUUCCAACGUACACACUUCCUCUCCCUUCUUCUCCACAAAAGGGCUGGUCGCUUUGAAGAAGGUGGCUGAAGAUUUUUUUUCUCGAUUUCCCUUUGCAUCUGGGGACACAGCCACAAUGGCUGGGAAGCUGGUGGGUCCCGAUCUCCACAGGGAAUCCUGGUCAAGUGGAUCUCUGCUCUUGAUCCCACAGCUGGGGCCACCUGCUCACCUGCUUUUCUAAGUCUCUGGUGAAGGGAUUCCAGUGUUCCCUCUGUCCAUGACUGGUUUUUCCCAAACUUAAAAACUCCUUGAAGAGUCUUUGCCCUGAUCCAUGUCCCAGCAGCUGGGACAGCCCUGAAAAGGGCUGCCUUGGGGUAUGGCGGAGGCUUUUUUCCCUUCUCUUUCUUAUUCUCUUUUUCAAAAACAAUAGUGCUAGUUUGGGCACAGAGGAAUUUAUAUUCCCUUUGGUUAAAACACGGGCUUUCACCGACGACAAAGUGUCUUUUCUUUUUCCUGGGAUGCGGCCCCUCCUUGCCUCUUUCUCUGAAAACGGGACCCACAUCUUUGUGUCGGAGCUGACAUCGGGUUCCGUUUCCUCAGGGCGGGCAGGGCCCUUGGCCAGGCCCUGGGGAGGUGGGAGCUGCCGCCCCAGCUGGUUAAAAAGGUGGGCUGACCCUUUCGACACCAGAGCCGUGAGCUGUACCCGUGGGGACUCUGGAGCAGGGGUAGGAAAACAGCCCUUGUCAUUUUGACUUGCACGUGACUUUUUUUUUUUUUAAUAUGUAAAAAUCUGUAGCAGCUGCAAACCCACCCCACAUCUGGCCUGGAUUUUUGCAGUCUUGGUGCUGGGGACCAGCUUCUUGUUCUCCUUAAGUUGGGGGGGUGGUGCCCAGAAUGGGGCCCGGGGGCUGGAGUUUGCUGAUCUCCAUGUGUGCUGACGUGUUUGAGCAGGGGGUGCUGGAGCAGCCCGUGGGCUUUUGUGUAGAUGGUUCUGGAGACGGAGUAAAUUUUGAUCUCACUCCCUGGCAACUUUGAACUUAGCGGCCACGGAGGAGAGUAACCUCACCCAGGUUCAGCUGGACCUUGAUACCCGCCAGAGGAAAAGAAUGACAGCAGCUGUGAAGCCGGCUGAGGCAAACACACAUUUUGGAAGUGUUCUCCUGCUUGGGGGAGAAGACGGGGGUUUUAUCAUUUCCCUAAGUGUGAGGUGGACUGGAGUCUGAUGCCAGGUUGGAUCACGUCGGUGUUACCCAGCACGCAGUUCUUUCUAAAACAGAUGAGAUUUUUGUUUUGUUUCAUUUUCUCAAACAUUCCCCUUCUUUGCCUCUUGUUCUGCUGGCCAGGGGAGUUUCUCUUCUCUGCUGAGCUGCUGUGUCGCUUGAGAACCGGGUUGAUAGGUCUCUGAGUUAAAUGCAUUUUCUGGGUCCUGGGUUUUCUCCGGAGGGGAAAAUGGCUCCAGGUGGGUGACUCGGGGCCGGCACUUGGCAGUGGGCGUGGCCUGUGGCUGGCAGGUUCAACUGAUCGGGACUCUGCCCCUCUCUCCAUGUCAGCCUGCCUUCUGCCAGAAAUGCCCUGCUCACGUCUCCAGUCCGAGAUUGCCGUCUCCUGAGAAAUCUGCCGUGUGGGAUUCCGUAAGCAGAAAUUGUGACUCUUCUGAAUGUGGGGAGCUCAAGCCUCGGGGGUCUCCCCAGAGGUCUUAUUGAGAACGUUAGGCUUCAUCUAGCUCUGAUCCCCAAAGGUCUGAUCUUCAGGGGUGUGAAGGAGGAAAUGAAUUCAGGCAAGAUGGGGAGGGAAAGGGGGGGACCUGGAGAUGAGCCAGGUCUGCGCUUAGCUGGGUACCCACUGGAACCCGGACACACCAUCCCCAAACUCCACAUUUUCAUCUUUCCUUUGUCUUCAUUUUGCCUCUCUGUUUAAAGCACCAUGUGAUUCAGAGAUUUAGAGGUAUAACUUAUUGUCCGAUCAUUGUUGAGUGUAUGCAUGUCAUUUUUGUGUUCCUGCAGAGGUUUUGGAUUUUCUCAUCAAGUCAAGCCAGAAUCCUGUCCUUGUCCACGAUGCAGAGCAUUUUGCGCGUUUUAUUCAAUCAGACAGCCAUUAAACAUUUCACCCACUUCCCGCCAGCUUUUUUUACUUUUAUUUUCUAGCUUAAAAAUGGUUUUCUUUUGGGCAAACUCAUCUGUUCUCUCCAUGGUGUGUCUGUCUGCAUUUGUUGGGUGUCAGACUGAAAUGUCCUCCUGUGAGAAAGGAGAACCAAGGCCCAUUCUUGCUCCCUUGUCAUGUGCAGAGGCUCAGGCGGAGGGGGGCACACAGAGCGGGGCCGAGGGACGGGUCUGUGAAGUAGGUGUGGCUUGGCGCGGUGUGGAGGGGAGAGACGCCAAUGGGGGGAGGGGUGAGCAGGUGUUCAUGGUAGAAGGAUGGGCAGUGGGAUGUGGUGGGAAGGCUGCUGGGGGAAUCUUGUAAGAAAUUGGAGUGGGGGCCCCCGUGGGGGUGCCGAGGUGGGGGAGAGGGGCAGCACCGGUCGUCUGGGUGUCUGGUGCUGGCCUCUCCUUUAUGAUGCUACAGCCUCCACACUGAAAGGCUACCUUUCUUCUUCUCUCAGCCCCUUCGGCUCCCCCUUGCUCACCAAAAACAAGGCCAGUGGGAUGGACGUGAGCUUGUAGCUUGAAAAAGAAAUAAGAAGGAGAGGUUAGUAAGAAGGAAAGAAAGGUGGGAAGAAGCAGGAAUUUGAGUUGGUGGACUGGGUUCGUGCCACCUGGCCUGCCUGGUCCAAUCAAAGAAUGGCCAAGGUCCCUUGGCCACGGGGAGAGACGGGGGUAGGUGGGGGGGCAGAAAUCAUGGCUUCCCAAGUGGCGCCGGGCUUUUGCGGAAACGUCAGAUCGCAAUCAUUUCCGGCAAGGAAAAUCCUUUUCAGCCGCCUUGCUCUUUGCUGGCACGGUGACUUCUAGAACAGAAAGGGCCUGCUCAGGGGGAUGGCUGGAAAAGGAGAUUCAGGAUGCCUUUUUGUUGUCUUAGAAGUGUCUGCCAGGAAGCCAGGCCAGCUGGUGUGUGUGUGUGUGUGUGGGUGUGUGUGUGUGUACCCACAUGCCUGUGUGCCCCAGGGGCCGACUGGGCCAGGGAGGGGAGCUGCUCCUGGAAAUCCGCCCACCGCACCCGGCCUCUUUCCUGCUGCCACUGUCUAGACUGUUGACCUUUGACCUCUCCACCCCUUGAGUGUUUAAACCCAAAAGUCCCCUUUGGGGAUAGCGGGACAAAGCCCCAUUCUUCUCUGCGGGCCCAGCCUCCACCCUGUGAGCGCGACCGCGGGCAGCCGGUGUGGGGCGCUGGUGGUCCCGCGGGCAGAGGCAGGCCGCCGCAUUCCCAGGGGGCUCCCCGUGGCCGCGAAUCCCACUGGAUCCGCGGGACUUGGGGAGCCGAAGAGGGCUUUUAUUUGUAUAUGCCAGAUUACAUUUCCCUUCCCCAGGCACAAGUGCCUCCUAAGGGCCUGGGGCUGCUGGCCAGGAGGGAGAACAUCUCUUGUUUUUACAGUGGGAAAGUAUGUUCCAGCCCUGAGCUGGUCCCCUCACCAAAUCCCCCCCGCCGCCCGCCCCCAUCUCUCUCCUCACCAGGCCUUCCUUUUCAGCUGCCCUGAGACCCACAGAAGUGCCUGCCUCCCCAGUAUGCAUGGGGCACAGAGAAAGGAGACAAGGUGGGAAAGAGAGAAGCAACCCCAGGCUCUGGGAGGUGGCCCUGGCUCCCCAGGGCCCAGCCCAGGGUCACCAGAGCCAUUUGCAGAGGUGGGGGACUGGGGUGAGUGGCUUUUGUGGCCGACACACUUUGUCUCUAGGAAAUCCCAGAGAAAGCCGGUUUGGAAUUGGACUCUGUGCUCCCUAGGCAUGUGGCAUCCCCAGGGAUCAAGGAAGCAGGGUUGACUUUCUGCCUGCCCUGGGGGUGCCUGGUGUGUUUCUGGGGCUCCCUUAACAUCUCAGGUUUCUAGCUCAUCCUAAAUCUCUCUUUAGGAAAAAACUUUCCUACCUAAGGUAACUGUGUUUUCUGUCCCCCAAGAUGGGCCUGUCCCCUGCAUCUCAGGGUGGCCUCUCCCUGACCCCCAGAGUUCCUGUGAGUGCCUUGUCUGAAACCCUCCUGUCUGGGAGCCCAGGCCGGGGAAGGGUCUGUCGUGACUUUGCUGGGGGCUGGGCUCAGGAAGAUCCCAAACUUGACACCCCAGAAAGCAAAUAAAACAGUUGAAAUACGUGA